UUGGAGGCGCUCCGGUGGUGGCCGCGGCGCGCAGUGGGCAGACCGCACCGCCGCGCCGCUCCGCACAGCGCCGGUCCCGCAGCGCCCGCCGAACGAACAGGCAAUCAUGAGUGAUCGAAAGGCAGUGAUCAAGAAUGCGGACAUGUCUGAAGAGAUGCAGCAAGACUCUGUGGAGUGUGCUACUCAGGCCUUAGAGAAGUACAACAUCGAGAAGGACAUUGCUGCUCACAUAAAGAAGGAAUUUGACAAGAAAUACAAUCCCACUUGGCACUGCAUCGUGGGAAGGAACUUUGGCAGCUAUGUGACUCAUGAGACCAAGCACUUCAUCUACUUCUACCUCGGCCAAGUUGCUAUUCUUCUUUUCAAGUCUGGUUAGAACCACAGACUGUUACUGAAACUUGCACCUGGUUAUAGGACUGCACACUAAUUCCAAACAGCCUCCUACCUUCAGCCUUCCUGAGGAGACGGACCUUGAUCUUCAGGUCUUUUGUUGUAUUGUUAAUAGUCAGGGAUUUUGCUGUAGCAGCUGGUAUUUUCAUUGUGGCUAUAAAAAAAAAGGCAAAAAUGUCUUCCUUGUAUUUAUUUUCUUUCAAAAGACAGCUGCUUUGCUAAUAAAACUGUUGGAACAAGUUUA